AGUAAAUAGGGUAAACAACAUCGUGAUUUGCAUAAUAAAAGGGAAAUCGAGGAAGAUCAGUGGAAACAGCUAAUUACUCCUUCAGCAGAUCCAAUGUUAAAUUACUGAACAUCAUGGACGCUGUCGAAAUUGUAUAUGAAGCCACUGAAGAAGAUGAAAUAGCAGCGAUUGACUUUGAGUUGAACCAGAUUCAAGGAGAGAUUGGGAAACUGAACGAGCGCAAAAACGCAUUGUCCCAGCGUAAGAGAAAACUGCAAGAUGAUGCAUUUUUGAAGAAGAGCCUGACAGUAUCGAAAAAAGACUGGGAAAGUGACGAUUUUCCUUGGUCCAAGGAUCUACAAGACACCCUACUCAAAGUAUUCAGAAUAAAAAAGUUUCGGGAGCUCCAGAAGGCCGCCAUCAACGCGAUCUUAUCCGGAGAGGACACUAUAUUGGUAAUGCCGACUGGUGGUGGCAAGAGUCUGUGCUAUCAGCUGCCAGCGGUGAUCGGCAAGGGGGUGACGAUCGUGAUAUCACCCCUGGUGGCUCUCAUGGAGGAUCAACUGAAUGGUCUGGAGAAGAGAAAUGUCAAAGCGGGGAUGAUGAACCCCAAGUCAGACAAGACCGUGACGAAGGCUAUCAUGGAUGCUCUCGAGGGGAAGGAUGACGGCUUGAAGCUGAUUUACAUCACCCCGGAGUACAUGAAGAAGUCCAAGAGAUUCAUGGCAAAAUUACAGAAAGCGUUCAAUAUGAAGAGACUUGAUUUGUUUGCCAUUGAUGAGAUCCACUGCUGCAGCACGUGGGGACACGAUUUCAGACCGGAUUACCAGUUCUUGGGGUGCUUCAAAGACAUGUUUCCAGGUGUCCCGAUCCUCGGCCUUACAGCGACAGCCCCAGCAAAAAUAAUAAACGACGUGCAAAAGAUGCUGGACAUCCAAGGCUGUCUCGUCCUCCGUGCCUCCUUCAACCGUCCCAACCUCUUCUACGAGGUUCGGCGAAAGCCAGCGGACAAAGAAGUCUGCCUCUCGAUGAUAGCGAACCUUCUAAAAACCCGUUUUGCCGACAUGUCCGGCAUAAUUUACACAACAACGAUAAAAGACGCCGAGCAAUUGACAUCGGAUUUGCGUGACAAAGGCCUGAAACUCGGCUGCUAUCACGCAAUGCUCGAGCCAGAAGUGCGAUCGAAGAUCUACCAGAGAUGGAUAACAGGUGAAUACCAAGCAGUUGUUGCAACAAUUGCCUUUGGCCUUGGAAUAGACAAGCCAGAUGUGAGAUUUGUUAUUCACCACUGUGUGUCCAAAUCAAUGGAGAAUUUCUAUCAAGAAAGUGGUCGUGCUGGGAGGGACGGUAAAAAGGCCGCUUGCAUUGUUCUCUAUCGUCUCGCUGAUAUAUUCAGACUCAGCACAAUGGUCAUUGGUGAUAAAGUUGGACUACAGAAUCUCUACAAAGUCCUGGCGUACUGUCUGGACCCUGAUACAUGUCGGAGGAGCCUCAUAGCCAAACAUUUCGAAGAGAAUUGGAAGCAGGAGGACUGCGCUGAGAUGUGCGAUCACUGCAGAAGACCCAAGAAGAGAAAGGAGACGGAUAUCAGCUCGUACUGCCGACAACUCAAUCAGAUAAUCGAGAAGGCUCUCAAGAGCGAGACUAAUCUCACGUUGAUCAAGCUCAUGGAUGCUUGGUAUAACAAGGGCGCUGUUGCUUACAGAGUCUCCAAUAUUCCUGUUCCCAAGUUCUCGAGGGAAGCUGGGGAAGCUAUUAUUGGACAUCUGCUCAUUAAUGGGUAUCUUAAGGAAGACUUUGUGUUCAAUGCUUAUGCUAAUCUCACGUACCUUAAUCGAGGACCUAAGGCCGGCCUAGCUAUGGAUCAGAACCAUCGGAUUAUGUUUAGUCAUGAUGAAGCUUUAGAUCUUUGAUUUUAGAAAGACUGUUUUAGAAAUUAGGGCCUUCAUUUCAAGAAGUUUUUUUGCUAGAUGACUAGCUUGAAUAGGAAGAAUUGAUACGAUAGUUGGAGAAUAGAUCAGCUUCACUACAUCUUUUGUUCUCUUCUAUGAAGAGAAUUUCUGUGAAUUCAAUUGGAAGUCAUCACAGUCCAUGUCAAGAGUUUGUUUAUGUGAGUACAUGUAUUCAAUAAUUCAGUGAAUUUUUUUCUAAAGUUUUUUCGAAGAUACCUGAGAGAAAGAAAAGUGUCGAUGAAUUUAGGAAUUUUAUUUCUUGAUUUUCUUGAUAAAAAAAAAAUACUGAGAGUUCAUGCAUAAAAAAUCUUUAAAAAGACGAUUUGUUAUAAAAUAUCUGUUAAUUUCAGUCCAGAAAUUAUUAGUUAAUUUUUACACUUGUGUCAGCAUUAUUCGGCUCUUCGCCAUAAGCCUGAUUAAUAAAAAAUCACGACUCGUCCUUCGUUUAUUUAUUAAUGAAUAAAAAAUGUGAUACAAAAAUACGAACAAUGG